AUGACAGCGUCACCGCAUUUCUCAGGAUUGGAAAGGAGCCUCUCCUCUUGGUCUGCCGUCAAGUUCUUUUUGGCUCUAUUUGUCUUGUCGCAGGGAUGGAUCAUCAUGACACUUGGCGAAACAGGGGAAGACGUGGGAAGACUGCAAACGAUGUGCCUGAGAUAUCCCACAGAUCCAGCUGCAACAGGACAUGCAGCUCGCCAAGUGCUUGAAAAAUGGACCACCAGAGACAUUCACAACUUUGAACAUCAUUUUCUGAUUGAUUUGUGGAUUCACCCAAUCCUCUACGCGCUGUUCUAUACAUCCGCAUUUUUGCACGAUCUCAUCCACCGACAGGAAAACGCCAAUACAGAAUCAACAAUCAAUCCAGUUUUCGUUGGGAGAUCAGGAGUCCUUGUCAUAUUCUCAGCCGCCCUGUGUGAUAUCCUGGAGAAUGUUCGGCACAAAUCCAUCACAUUUGAUUCAAACAAUGGCGUCAUUGCUCCCGAUCAAAUGAUGUAUGAAGCGUGUGUCUUUGCAUCCACCAAAUGGUUUAUUAUGGGAGCUGUGAGUCUUUGGCUGCUAUUCAGAUAUUUCAGUGCACCUACUAGGGCCGCAGCAAAGAGCGACUGA